ACUUCCUCCUCCCUCUCCUCUUCAGUGACAACUGCAACUUUAAGAAAACAAAUCCAUUUUCAUCAUGGGCAACGCUGACUAUGCCUACCCCUCCGCCAAGGUGGACCGCGGUUACCACCAGGUGACGGUUCCACCGCCGCAGCCAUUUUUCAAGUCACUCAAGUACUCUCUGAAGGAGACAUUCUUCCCCGACGACCCCCUCAGGCAAUUCAAGAACCAGCCACCGUCGCGGAAGUUCAUUCUUGGUAUGCGGUACAUCUUUCCGUUUCUUGAAUGGGCUCCCCGCUACAGCUUCCAGUUCUUUAAGUCCGAUCUCAUCUCCGGCAUCACCAUUGCAAGUUUAGCCAUCCCUCAAGGGAUCAGCUACGCCAAGCUCGCCAACUUACCGCCUAUUUAUGGCCUAUAUUCAAGCUUUGUUCCACCGUUGAUUUAUGCUAUGAUGGGGACUUCGAGGGAUUUGGCGGUAGGGACUGUAGCAGUUGCAUCACUUCUCAUAGCUUCCACAUUGGGAACUGAAGUGAACGCUGAUGAGAAUCCCAAGCUCUACCUUCACCUCGCUUUCACGGCGACUUUCUUCGCCGGAGUACUGCAGGCUUCACUAGGCUUGUUAAGUAAUAUUAUCUUACCAAAAAUAGUAUGGCUGCAGUGGAGAUGGGAAAGCAGCGUGUUGGGCUGUUGUUUCCUCCUCUUCCUUCUCAUUGCCAAGCACUUUAGCAAGAAGAAACCCAAGUUCUUCUGGAUAUCAGCUAUGGCACCAUUGACCUCGGUGAUUCUCGGAACCCUUCUUGUUUAUCUCACCCACGCAGAGAGACAUGGUGUUCAAGUGAUAGGACAGCUGAAGAAGGGACUGAAUCCACUGUCAGCUGGGGAUUUGGUGUUCUCAUCGCGGUACAUGAUGACUGCUAUCAAAACUGGCAUGAUCACGGGCAUGAUUGCUCUUGCUGAAGGAAUUGCAGUAGGAAGAAGUUUUGCCAUGUUUAAGAAUUACCACAUUGAUGGUAACAAAGAGAUGAUUGCUAUUGGGGUGAUGAACAUUGCUGGUUCCUGUACCUCUUGCUAUCUUACAACAGGGCCAUUUUCGAGAUCAGCUGUGAAUUUUAAUGCUGGAUGCAAGACAGCCGUAUCUAACAUUGUCAUGGCAGUGGCAGUCAUGGUCACUCUGCUGUGCCUAACACCACUGUUCCAUUACACUCCUCUAGUAGUUCUUUCCUCCCUGAUAAUAUCUGCAAUGCUCGGUCUUAUUGACUACGAAGCUGCAAUCCAUCUUUGGAAAGUUGACAAAUUUGAUUUCAUUGUUUGCAUGGGUGCCUAUGUUGGUGUUGUUUUUGGCAGUGUGGAGAUUGGCCUAGUUAUAGGGGUUGUGAUUUCCUUGCUCAGGGUGCUUCUGUUUGUUGCAAGGCCAAGGACUUCUGUGCUAGGAAACAUUCCAAAUUCCAUGAUAUACAGAAAUGUUGACCAGUACCCAAUUGCAAACAGUAUUCCUGGAAUUCUCAUACUUGAAAUUGAUGCUCCAAUUUAUUUUGCCAAUGCAAGCUACUUGAGAGAAAGGAUCUCAAGGUGGAUCAAUGAAGAAGAAGACAAGCUAAAAUCAUCUGGAGAAACCAGCUUGCAGUAUUUCAUACUUGAUAUGGGAGCUGUUGGCAACAUUGACACAAGUGGGAUUAGCAUGCUUGAAGAGGUUAAGAAGACUGCCGAUAGAAGGGGGCUCAAGCUUGUAUUGGCUAACCCUCGAGCUGAAGUGAUGAAGAAAUUAAACAAGUCUAACUUCAUUGAAAAUAUAGGCCAAGAAUGGAUACACUUGACUGUAGGAGAAGCUGUGGCAGCCUGCAGUUUCAUGCUUCAUUCUCACAAACAUAACCCUGCCAAAGAUGAAUCAGAGCAUGGCGUCUAAGCCAUAUUUUACGGAAUGGAGCAUAUGCGACGUCCUUUUUUCUCUUUAAAUCUAGCUAAAUAAAGUUAUGUUUGGCUUUUGCAUCUGAGAAUCAGUAUGCAUUGCUGAAUUAUAAAGCAAAUAAGCAAGAAAUGGGUUGAAUUAAGGUAGAUAGUCUGACUUGAAUUAUAGGACUUUUUUUUCACUUACAAAAAUAUGAAUCUUGUAAUGUCAUCUUAUAAGUGAAAAUGUAAAAAAUAAAUACUCUUUUUAAUA